UGGUGGCCUACGGAUAUCCGAGACCAAAGCGAAGAUGGCGGAAAUGAUCGCAACCGACAGGAAAAAGCCGAAAGGCUAGAACGACAGAUCGGCGUUUCACUGCUACCGACUAACCCCACGUGUUCGCGCUUCUUGCAUCUUCCCUCGCCCACAAUGCCGAGCAGCGCGUCGACGGAUUUCCACCUGCGGUACCUGGUGACCCGGGCGCGGGAGGAAUCCAAGGACACUUCGGUGCUCGGGAACAUCCGCCCGCUCGUCCGCAACGCGUUCGCGAUUCUGAACACGAACUUUGACAAGUUUCUCGAAAAUGAGUUUUCCGCGGAUCUGCUGGUCCAGUACGCGGAGGUUGCCUUGCUCGUGCCUCCGCCGCUCAACGUCACGAACAUCGAGCGCGCGCUGGAUCUUUUCGAUCGGUGCACUGCCAGCAACAGCCAAUGGGUCGCGCGCGGGUUGCUUGUGCGUGCCCAGGUGGAGGCGAAGAAGAACCUCGCGGAGAUGAAGGGCGACCACUUGGUGGUGCAGGUAAAGCACGCGUUGUCCUACCUGCGCCAGGCGAUCAAGAUUGCGGAGCAGGCGGAAUUCAAAUCCAGGUACAACUUCAUUGUCUACAACGCGACACUGCUGUACUGGGACCUGGUUCGCCCGCUGUGCCGAAUAAACGGCUGGCAAAACCGGGUGCUGGAAGAGACGCGGGAACUUUUGACCGCAUUGACGACGAUUACCUCGCAAGUGGACGGGUACGUGCAGAGUCGCUCCCCGGUAGCCCUGCAGUGGCGCAUCGAAUUUCUGCUGAAUUUAGCCUUCGGGCUGGACGAUAACAACCAGACGGCGGAUGCGCAAAAGCUGCUGGACGAAGCGCUCAAUGUGGUAAAGACGGUGGAAGCGGACCCUGCAGUAUAAAAAUGCAUGGUUUGUUCGAUCAUAGCUGACAGGUUUGAGUCUUGCUACUACAGGGGAGUCUAAAGGAGGCAGUUCGCUUAUACGGCGGUAUUCAGCAAUACUUAGUACAGUUUUGCGUUGCAUCUGGAUCUUCACAAAAAUCUACCACCGAGGAAUGAUAUCAGGUGGAGCUUCCGCAUUGGGUCCGCCCCCUCGUGGAAGCUGCUCGUGCCCACAUGUUCCGCGGCAACGCGAAGCCAGUGCUGGGUCAAGAUCCGCACUCGGUGACGCUCUUCAUUCAGAACAAGGGGAUCUCGGCGCCGAACGAGGUGGAGGGAGAGCUGGUGAAGUACUGGGUCAGCUUCGACAAAGCCUUCGACGAGUUCUGGAAGAGCCAGGGCAAGGCGUACGUGGAACGACCGGGCAACGACCUAAACAUCCCCGACGUGCAGAUCAAGCUUGCCGGCGCGCUCAAAGCCGCAACGACCGCGGGCAACUUCAACCUGGCCAGGACCAUGUACGCCAGAAUACUCCUUUUGCGCGCGCCACCACCAAGAGGCAGGAUUUUGAUUGACAUGGCCAAGUCGCAAAUCGAUGUGUGGAACGGUAUAGAUACUUACUGGGUGCUCAUUUUUCUAACUCGGCACCGUCUUGCUUUUCUAUCGGUUUUCCGUUGUUCUUAGGGGUCUUCGAGCUGUGAUUUCGACGAAGAAUAAAAACUAAACCAGCCUGCAACCUGAUCGAGUACAAAGCCGAGACCGGAAUGGUGCUCUCGCCGGAAGAGCAGUGGGAGCGGGAAGUUUCCGCGCGCGUGCAGUAUCAAAAGCAAAAAUGUCUGGGUCUGGAAGGGCCAUGCUGUUUUUGCAUGACGCAGAAGGUCUGGCAUGGAAGCUCUAGCAUCACAGGUUUCGCGAAGCUUCCACAAUGCUGAAUCUGCAUGACAAGUCCGCCAUUUUGGUGACAGAAAGCGGGCAACUUUUGCUGCCUAUGCAUGAGAGAUUUUUCUGUGUUCCGAAAUGCGCCUCACAAGUUGCAUUCUUCCAGACCCAGACAUAUUUGCACUGGAUAUGCAGGCAGUCCGCCUCUGCGAGCAGUGCAUCGUCGCCGGGAAGCGCAUAGAAUCCCUCGACUUGGUCGAGGAAUCGGCGACCCUGGUUUACAACUUUUCGGUCCCACUCCUCCAAACGAAGUACCGCGCGCAAGUGCACAAAUCGCUCUCGCGGGCCGCGGAAGUGCUCGCGGAACUACAGUCCAACCUGUUCAUCCUCCGCACGUUGCUGCACUACGAGGCUGCCAGGUGCGAAGUGGCCUCCGACUUGCUCACGAAGGGCCAAGAAGAGCUGAACAAGGCCAAGGCGUUGGACGAGACGCGUAAUGUCGACCGGGAGCUGAAGGACGCGGAGAAGCCGAAACCAGCCGACGAAGCAGAACUGGCGAAGACCGGUACGCAACUGGAUCCGAACCCCUUCACCCGGCGCAUGCGGACGCAGGCAGUGAACCCCUUGAGCCACCUGCUGAAGUGGAAACUGAACCUGUACGACGACCCGGAGUCGUUGGACCAAAUCAUGCUGUGGCUGGACCAGGAACCGAUCACGGCAAACGUGAUCAGGAAGGCCUACCAGAAGCUGUUGGUCGAGGAGUUCGAGCCAUUGUACAAAGAGAUCAACGAGGACAUGCUGCGGCACAAGUACGUCAAGCUUCCGCAGUGGAUCGACGAGCCGACGAAACCCAUCACGCCCUACAACCCGGCGCACGCCCCCUGCACGGUCGUUCCCGCGACGACGGACGUGACGGUGUCGGUGAACUCCAUGGACACGAGGGCGAAAAGCGACCGGGAAAUCGGGAUCGAGAAGAUGAAGCUGAUCGCGCUUUUCUUCGCGCAGUGCAGCGCGCGGGCCUGGGAGAAGAAGAUGCCGUACAAGGACGUACUGGAAAUGUGCGACCGGGCGUUGUUCAUCGAAAAGUUCCUCAAAUUUGGCCCCUGGCCCGCGGAGAUCGAGCCGGCGGUCGCGCUCGCGCAGGUCGCGUUCCGCAAAGCGGAAGUGCUGUGCGAGGAACUGGAUUCCGUUUGCGGGAUCGCAGAGGAAACCGUCUACGCGCUUUUCUCCGGCACCGAGGAGGACGAGGAGCCGAUGGUGGAGCUCGAGCCGGAAGAGUACGCCGAGCGCAACGCGACGAAGCGAACCAUUGUUGAUUUAGUUCUGUACGGCUUGGAGAUCGCCGACCGAUUUCAACAGGGAUGGCUAGUCUUCAACGGCAUAGUGCAUUUCUGGAACUUCCAUCUAUCGCUUUUCGACGUGAUGGCGGAAUUUCAGCAGCGCAACAACGACGCGGCGAUUGCGAAAUCGCUCGGACAGAAUCCGGACCCCGUGCCGCCGCUUCUGUUUCUCAACGACUUUUUCCGGGGCGUGCGUGGCUGUCUACAGUUCGCGGACAAGUACUUCAUCAACAGUCAGUCGACAGUUUUGCGAAAUUUGUCUCUGCUCUACAUGGACAGCUACGCGUUUUUCGCAAGCGCGAGCGGGACUUCGGUGAACGCGGGUUCAGACAAGCCGGAUCUACCCCCCGUCGCGACCGACCCGAUCUUGCAAGCGCUCCUGACGAAGUUGCGCAAGACCGCCAGGAAGGAGGUGGCCGCCAGACUGACGAAGUCCGCGUUGGCGCUGCAGGGCCCGGCGACUGCGGUAAGCGUUUCCGCCGCCGCGGCGGAGAGUCACAAACUCCUAUACCCGGAUAUGCAGUUCGGCGGAGAACCUCUUGCGCUGGAGGGAAACCGGAAAACCGAGUUGCGGAUUGAGGGGGACGUGACGAAGCUUUGCGAACAGAUCACGGUCGUGACGCAGCAAAACGAGAAAGUCAUGCCCUUGGUGACGCAGUGCGUAGACUUGCUGAACACCUGGCAACCUCGCUUUGAGGACGAAGAAGAGGCGACUUUAUUCCUCGAGUUGUGGACCCGGUUGGGCCGAAAUUGCCUGGCCUGCUUUUCGCCGGACGUAAACAAGACCGGUCCGAAGUAUGGCCUCAUGUGUGCGAUCCGCGCGCUGCGCGGGCUGGAUGUGCAGAACAUACAAGCGGCACCGGUGGAAGAGAAGAAGGAGAAGAAAAAGUAUAGGGCUUGCUAACAAACCAUGUUUGACUAUAGAGCACAUUAUUCCAUGUUGUGCCUGAAAGCGCACUCCGCAAUCUCCCAAUCAGGAUUUGAGAAUGAAAAUCUUACAAACUACGCAUCUAACAGGAAAAGUUCCUCCUCGAAGAUGGACGAUCCGACUCUGAACCAAGCCGUAACGCCCGUGGCCCGUCGUCCCGCCCAUUGCUCGGAUUUGCGGUCCGCUUGGCGUGGCGCCGCGUUCGCCUUGUGCGGAGCCUCGCUGGCUACCCUCGUGAACCCCAGCGCCCAGGAAAAGAACUCUGUCUCCACCCUGCGCUGCACGGCGGUUCUGCAGUUCGCUGCCGCGCUGGAGCAUUGCACAGAGGCCGAGUUGCACGGCAAUCUGGCACUCUACAGCGCGCAACGACUGUACAACGUCGCUUCGGCGCUGCUGCAGACCGAUCGGCAAAGCCGGUUGUUCGUCCUCAACCCCCUCCUGACCGCCGCGCGAGUGCUUUCCACGUUGAAGUUGCAAGAGGACCCAGAGUUGCUCUUGUCGCUCUAUUCCAGUGCCUACUCCGUGUACGCACAGGACCUGCAGGACUGGGCCAAGAUUCAGCUGGUUUUGAAUGCCGCCUUCAAAAUCGUGCCGCCGGAGUUCCAGCGGAAAUUGUGGGCACUCCGCAUGGUCGCCUUAUCGAAGCAGGGAAAAAAUGUGCAGGUUGCGAUGGGCAAGAUGAAGGAGUCGCAGGCCACCGCGCAGGCGAACAUCUGGAUCAUCCUGGCGCACUCCGCCGUGAAGCCGCAGGAGCAGCUAGACGCGUACAAAAAGGCCAUCGACAUUUUGCAAAAAGCGUCACAGUACUCCGUCGUGGACGUCCAACUAGAGCUGGCGGACUGGCUCUCCGCCCGCGGCGACGAACUCGCUGCCUACGAGAUCGCGCGUCACGCCGCGGAUCUCUUGCUCGAUGUGGAGGAGGAUCAGGUAAUUAGACUCGUGGAUGCACGACUUGCUUCGAAACGUCGCUAGCAGUAUGAACUUGAACAUGGAUGAAGAUGCGCCACACGACCGUUUCUCCUGCAGUUGUAGAUGCUCCUGUGAACUCUAAAAUUGUCAGUUUCAUUUUGAAGCUCAUGUCAAACAGUACUGCCAGUUGGUAUCGUCCCUGUUCACAUGAUCUAUCAGGCCGCCGAGCAACUUGAUGACGAAGCUGCGAUGACUGGUAGCCAGGUGAGCAGCCGGCGUUCGCGUUCCAAGGGCCCGAAAUCCUCGAAGAAGCCCGGCAGUGUCGGGAGCAAGCGCAGCGGCUCCCAGAAGUCCAAGGGCGCCGGCGCCGGGAGCGCGAUCAGCCGUGCCCGCAGCUCCCGUGGCCCGAGCAGGUCGUCGUCCGCGGGGAGCACCAGUAAACAGAGCAAGAACGCCCUGAUGAAUGCGAACGAUACCGCGAUUCCGCAGAAACUCAACGCUUUGCACUACGAACACAUUCUUCGCGCGCACGUGGCGCAACUGGCCUACGCCAGGUCGGCGGACGACUUGCAUUCCUCGUUAUCCGCCUGCGUGCACUUCAUCACCCGCAUCUUCGAGAGCACGAUUGACUUGGCGAACCAGUGCGCCGUGGCCGUGUACAGCAAGAAGAUUGCGGACUUGAUCGAGGAGCAGGAGAAGAACAAGGCGAAGCUGGAGAAUCAGCUCGCAGGGGGGGUCGCCGACGAGCCAGUGGUGGCCAAGCCCAUGGCGCUGCCCUUUUGCUGUUCCAGUGACGAUUUCUGCGCGUACGGCAAGGCGUACGACACGGCCGAGUUUGGUACGAAGGAAAUGUCGGACUUGGAGAAGCAAAACUCGGUGAUUCUGCUCGAUCGCGUGGCGUUCGCCAAAACGAAUUUUCAGGUCGUUCUCACGAUGGUCAACCGCGGCCUGCCCACGGUCGCGGACAUCGAAAACCAAACCGUCGAGGAAUACUUCUACGCCGGGAAUCCGGGCAUGUUCGCGAAACCGAUCUUGACCUUCUGGGCGCUGAUCCGUUUGGAAAAGACGCUGGAGCAGCAGGCCUACUACUCCCACCUGUUCCCGGUGCUGGACCUGCACCAACUCCUGGUGAACCAGUACUGGGGUCUGGAGUUGGCCGACAUUGCGCGCGUGAAUGCCGCGAUGACGCCGGAGCAGGUCGGAAAAAUGACCGUGUUCGAGAAGGAGCAGAAGAAGUUACGCGAAGACCGCAAGCUGACGGUCAAGAAGACCCUGGACUGCCUGCUUGCCCUGAAGCGCAGCCGGUUCUGCCACCUGCUGCGGCUGUUCGAAGACGCGACAAAGCACUGGACCAUGGGAAGCGACUUUUUGUACAAGAUAGAAUCCACCCUGCCGGACUUCAGACAGGAGGCAGACGCGGCGUUUGCAAGGAGGGUUGUCGUGGAAGAGAAAAAGCCAGGUGAGCAAGCAUACAUAGCACGUCGCCACGACAAAUACAAAAGAGAUCUGCUUAUCUCAACUGAAAGUACUGCUACUGCUGUACUAGAACUAGAAGUACGUUUAUUUUUUGCUUGAAAAAGAAAAUGAAAAACAGAUCAAAACUACCUCUGUGUUCAAAAACAGAUGCCGCCUCGGCGGAACCCGGUGGGGAGCAGGAGGGCGAGACGGCCCCGCCCGAGCAAGCUACUGUGAAGGAGGACGAUUUGACGAAGUUACUUCGCGGUGAAAAGGAUCCCAUAGAGGACAAGAACCUGCUGGACCCGGAAUCCUUGGAUCUCUCCUCGGUUUUCGCCGACGACUCCCGCGCCGAGGCCUUGCGGUGCUCGGACAAGAUCAAGGUCUGCGAAAUCUGGUUGCUCAUUGCCGAGGAGUGCUUCGAAAUCGGGGAGUACAGCUUGGCCGGGAAGCUUCUGGCCGAAACGCGGUACCACGCCCGGUGUUAUGGCGACACGAGAAUGUUCCGGGAGGCGAGUAUCCUGCAGGCGAAGGUGCUGAUCGCCGAGGGCAGGGCAGAACUAGUUCUGCGCGAGAUUCUUCGCCUGCAGUACCGGGUGCAGGGCAUGGAGGUUUUGCUCCUGAUCGACGUGGUGGACCUGGCACAGGCUGCGUACCAGCAGCUGCAGGCGCCGAACGUGUUCGUCGAAGACCUUUUGUCGUCCGGCUUGGCGUAUUUCAGGGAAGUGCGGAACGCGGAGCUCUCGCCAUCUCAAGCCAUGCUGAAGCACCAGCAGCUGGCGGCGGGCAUUUUGAGCGAGCCCGCGAUUGUCCCGUCGGGCGGCACGGCACAGCCGGUGCCGUCAGAAUCGCCGGCCGUCAGCCCGAUGUCGAAGCGCAGCCGCGGCAACAUUGCGCCCUCGGGCUCUUCGGGCAGAAGUGUCGGGGCAGCUGCUGCGCAAAACAACAUCACCGGCGCGUUCAGUCCGGGCGGCGCUUCUUCGGUGAUGACGGGCGCGGCGUUUUCCUCCGCACCGGGCGGGUUCCGCGGGGGCGCGCCCUCGAAACGCAUGCAGGCCUCGGUUUUGGCCGAGCUGGCCGCGGGAACGGUAAACGUGGAGAAGGUCGGCAAGCUUUGCAGGCUUUUGGAACUGGAGGCCUUCACGCACAUCGGAAAGGUGCUGCAGAUGCAGGUCAGCGCCAAGGGGUUCUUCGAUGAGGUGGAGAAGUGCUGGGGCUUCGCCGCGGUUCUGAUCGACAAGCUGAUCGGCUCCGGGUGGUAUUUGAACGCCCUUGAGUCCGGUUUGCGGUACGCGAGGGAGAUGGAGAAAGUGCUGAGCUUGCUCCAAGACACCUACGACCCCGGGCAACUUUUGCCCAGUGUUCUUCUUGCGUUCGAGGAAAAGCUGCUCGCCAUGCUGGACACGCUCCACUUCGCAAAGUCGGAACUGUGCAAGCGUCUCCCCUCCGUCGCGCACCUGCAGAGCUGCUGCGGCCCGCUGUCGGACCUACUGCUGGAAAUCGACAUUUGCGUGAGUCGACACCGUGCCCAGCGGCGCGCCUUGCGCCACAAAGAGAAGUUGUUCCAGCGCGGCGGCAGCUCGAGCUCCACCAGCAACCACGCACUCUCGCGGCAGAACACGGCGCAAUAUUUGGCCUCUUACUUCCAGCUGCCCGGGGCGGAGACCAUUUCUGUGCCAAUGAGACACGUCGCGAAACAAGCGGCUCUGUCGCUACCGGGCGACACGAGCGUCGCGAUCGACGUCGAUGGGUUCUUCAAACCGUUGAAGCCGGUGGAGAAUCUCGACGUCAAAGACCAAUACAUCGAGGAACUGACGAUACGAAUCGACAGCGAGAACGAGCGGAAGGCCGGCCCGAGACCCGCGCAGGAGAUCGAGCAGUGUUUAUCCAGCAUCCACUCCGCGUACUCGGAACUGGAAUACCACCAGCUUGCGGCACGCUACCCGAGCCUCUGGCAGGAGACGGACCGGGCCGCGUCGGAGGAGGAGCAAACUUCUUUCGGCGCGUUCGUGCCGGCACGCGUGGCCGCGGCAGAGGUGGAGGUCGGCGUGCUAUUUGUCGAGCGGGGUCCCUGCCCGUUUCGCGAGGCGGAGUGGGACGAAACCGGGAAGAACGCGCUGGAAGAAUUCGAGCGCCGCGCGAUGUUGUUCGAAGAUUGCCGCAGUUGCGAAAGUGCGGAGCCAGUGAAGAACUGGGAGACGUUGGCAUUCGCACCACCAGCCGAAGGAGCGGAGGGUGCUGGGGGAGAAUCUGGAACUGCUGUGGUCGUUGGGACACCAAUGUCCCCGCACGUCGAAGCCGGGAAGGAGUUUUUAGAAAAAGCGCUGCCGAGCUGCCUGCGUCAUCGUCACUUCAAAUCGGGUGCGCUGGCCUGCCACACGCUGGCGCACAGUGUGUACGGUCCGACCGACAUGAAGCAAACCUUCCACUGCCUGUGCAUGGAGCAGCUCUUUCGGGUUUUGGACUACGGCUACGACACCAUUUUGCAGACCGUUUUGAGUUGCGAGAACUCGGAAAGGAUUCUGCAGCAGAAACUCGAGGCGGUGCGGAACAAGUUCCCCCGACCGAGCAUGCUGCCGGGGUUCUCGGAUUUGGUCCAGCAGUACUCCGCGCAGCCGAGCGGCGAGCUCGUAGACACAUUGAUGCAGUUGCCGCAAGACUGCGACCAAUUGAUGCGCGAACUUAUUCCGCCACUGACUUUGACUGUGUCCCUGCAGCUCGAAAAGGACUUCAUGGCCGUCGGCGCAGCAUUUUUUCCGGGAGCAGCUGCGACCGCCCCGAGUCGAGUGAAGACGAAAUUUUCCAGCGCGAGUUACACGCCGGGCCAGUGCGAAUAUAUGUGCUUCAAGGUAUUAGUUAAGCUUUCGCAAGAACAUAGACUCGUGUUGUCUGUUUGAAGAGCUCAAGCAACGAACCUCCAACGAGAAUGGCAUUGUCCUUGAUACUAGAAUCAAAAGUUUCGAGUUUCAUCUGGAACGGGAAGAAAUGCGAUUAUGGUUAUUUAGUCCAACCGGCGGACGACACUGCUGCGCUCUACCGCUUCUAUUUUUUCAAUUUCUCAGAUCCCCGCACGGCGGCUGGAUUUUUUCCACUUCCGGCAGGCGUUUUACGACGUUUUCACCCGGACAGAGAAGGAUUUGAUCCAGAAACCGUCCGCACUUUCGGAGAAAACCAUGGGGGAGUACGAGGAGGCGUGGCAGAACGUGGAGAGUUUCUUCGAGCCGCUCUUCGCCCGUCUAAAACAGGAAUUUUUCCCGCUGGCCGGCACGCAGGCCGACCGACGGCCGGCGAACUUGAUUCUGCUUUUAGAUGACAUGCUGUUUGACCUGCCGCUGGAACACCUAGAUUGCGUCGUCAGCAUGUUCCCACGCAACCAGGACUGCUUCGUGACCCGCGACGUAGCGCUGCCGCUCCUCGCCGCCAGAAACAGCCGCCGACCGCCCGCGCUGCUGGCAGAGCCGAUCAACACGGUGACUUUUGCGGAGGAGCCUUCGAAGGUCGACCCCAAGGACGCGACCGUGAAGCGGGUCACGCUGGGGCUGGACGGAAGUGUGUCCAAGGCGUUAGUCGACGCCAACAACGAGGACCAGUAUGUGCCGCAAGAAACCGGCAAUCUAUUGAAAGACUUCCCCACCGCACCCGCGGCUCUGGCGAAAACUUUUGGCGACCCGGUGAUUUCACCACAGACGUUCAUCGAGUCCCUGCAACUGUCCAAGACACUGAACUACGUCGGGUUCUCGAAACUGUUAAUGUCACUAUCGUCCAAGCAGUUCGGCUCGCUCGACCUGCGAAACUUGAACUGCCUAUUCAUGUUCUGCCGGGCGAUGAAUGACAAGUAUCAGUAGUUGCGCAGUUUUUUUCGUGUCUUUAUUCAGAAUCUAUCAGAUUCAAACUUCUGUGGUGAAAAAUAAAGAAUUUGAAAAUUUUGAAUUUGAACCCUUGUGCGACAACACCAUUGCAUGAGGUUUAUCAGUACUGUUUUUUAUUUCGACAAUACGUUCACUUGGCAUGCUCCGUAAAAACUCCUUCAGGGCUUUUCGUCGGCAGAAGGCGCUUUUCGGGGACAACUUGUUGGCGAACAACGAGAGUUCGUACUCGACCGCAGUCCUCGCGACGCUUCGCGGCGUGAAGUCCAUGGUCUUCACGCAGAGUCCCGUUCCCGUGACGCAGGUGCAACGACUGUCCAACGAGUUCUGGACCGCCUUCUACUCCAAUCGCAGCACGGUUUCGGAGAGUCUGCGCGAGCCGCUGUACCGGGUCAAGGCGGCAGACGACGAGAGCGCCAUCAGCGGACAGGUUCGCCCGGCGGCGACCGGCGAAAAGGUCUUCUACACAAGGUACCAGCGUGCCGCCAUGCUCGCGGUCGGGCUGUCUUGGAUUCUGCUGGAUGCCGGGGGCGCCGGAGGCAAGAAGAAGUAAGUAGACGCAGAGCCAGGGGGGCAGAGAAUUCAAAACAGCAAGGUUGAUAAAACGAUCCUUGCUGGAGUCGGAGACAAAAUGCUCUCGUCAGCUGGAGGAAGAGGAUCUGGCCCGAUUUUAUUUGGUACGUAUCGCACUAUUAAAUCUAGAAUAUCGUUUUUUUCAACGUCGAGGUACAACGUCGCCGUGAAAAAAGAAAAACGUAAAAGCGAAAGAACCUAACUUCAACAAUGCCAUUCCUUGUCGAGUAAGUACCCAGAAGUAUAUUUCAAUUUCUGUCAAAAUAGAUACGUCACAAGAUACUAUACCAAUCUUCACCUGGGUGGUUGCUACAGUAGGAUCACGCUGCUUUUUUUUGUAUUCACAUGGCGCAAAGAAAAAUCCUUACCAUUGCGGGUCGGGGUCCUCCUACGUACUUGUAUAUGUGUUUUUGUUUUCGAACAGCACCACCUCAGAGUUCAGAAAUUUAUAUUCAACUACAACACAUCCCUUUUGGCUUUGGGUGCAGACUAUUCUUUUAAUCAAAGUCAAGCAGAAAGACAGAGAGAUGAAAGACAAAGAAGUGCGAUCUUCACUAUGGACAAACCACAAGCACAAGUAAGAUCGAGAACUCAGCUCUUUUGCCCCGGCGCACAUGCAUAUCUCGCACAGACUGAGAUCGAGAUGGUGACGCAC